AUGCCCGACGCCCGAAUAGCCGCCUUCGCCGCCGUCACGCUCGUCGUCGCCGUCGGCACGCUCUACUCCGUCAUCUACCACACCUACCUCGACACCUCCGACCCGCACCUCACCGCGCUCCCGCACCCGCUGCACGCCUCCCACUACUUCGCCUCCAAGUCCAACCCGCUCAACGUCGUCUUCAUCAAGUACGCGUGGGGCUGGACGUCGCUCGCGUUCGCCGCGCACUUCCUCACGAGCCCGCCCGCGGCGCAGACGUGGGAGCGCGUGGGGAAGUGGCUCGCGGAGACGGGCGUGUGGAUGGUGUUCACGACGUGGUUCUUCGGCCCCGCGCUGCUCGAGCGCGUUAUCGCUGCGAGCGGCGGCGAGUGCGUCGUGCGUCUGCCCUCGGGCUACCUCCUGUCCGUCCCGAACGAGUACUGCUAUACAAAGUCGACGGUGUCGCCCGCGACGCACCCCUCGUUAUUCGCCGCGUCGUUGCUGAUUCCGGAUACGCAGGAAUGGCAGGCGAGGCCGCGGUUGCGCAGGGGGCAUGAUGUCUCGGGGCACCUGUUUCUCCUGGUGAUGUCCACACUGUUCCUCGCCGACCAGCUCAGGGCGUCGUUCCGCCCUGGCGUCGUGCGCUGGUCGAAAGCGCAUCAGUGGUCCGUCGCUGGGACUUCUGCCCUGCUCGCGCUUUGGCUGUUUGCCAGCUACACGACGAGUGUGUACUUCCACACUCCCUUGGAAAAGAUCACCGGAUAUCUCUUGGGUCUCGCAGGGUUCGCUGUUACGCUGGCACCCAUCUUCAGCAGUCCUCAAGCCGUCACUCCUGUUACCUCUCAAACCGAGACAGUGAAGUCUCACUCUAGCUGAAUAGGCACGAAAUAAGCUGUCAUCUCCUCAGCCCAGCCCACUGUAACGACAGGUUAUGAAUAUAUCCCGCAAUCUUGGACUAUGCAGUACCUCUAUUGUACAAGACCGAGCUCACAGAGAGAUUGUAAUACUAAAGAAACGGAAAUACUAAUCCUUGCCCUCACCA